GCUGCGGUCACAUUCAGGAAGUGAUCUGUGGGAAACUCUCUGUUGUCUUCCUGACAGCUCCCAGUGGAAGUGUGCUAGCUCCACUGUUCGCUAACUGUGAUAUUUGACCAUUAAUAACACUAACAACUGUUCCUUCUGAGGAGGAAACGAUGGAGGUCGACUCAGUGUUCUACACUGAUCGUAGCGGAAGAGUCGCCAGUAACCCGCUGCUGGACCAGCUCCCCAGCUACCAGUCCCUGCUGUACCGCAGGAAGUCCUCGACCAGUGGCACCAAGCGAAAGGGCAGCACUAGAACUCGGCUCAGCUCCUCUGGUAGUGGGAAAUGGGGCGUGAGCACGGUCAGCAGACAUGAGGAGAAGCAGAAGGGACAGACGGAGGAGAGACCCAUCAGGGAACUGGCCAAGACCAUGGCAGAGAAACGUAGAGACAAGACGCAGCAGCUGGAGGAGGCUCGAGAGCUCAGCAGCUGGAGACAGUGGAGGCAAAACACCUGCAGGAAUCUGAGGAAGCUGAGGGAUGAUGCCAAAGACUGUCUGAGCUCCCUGCAGCUCUGGAGGGGAGACAUCCACCUGAUAGAGGGGAUGUUCGGCACAGGGAUCUUGUCUUACUUCUCCUUCCUGCGCUUCCUGGUCAUGCUCAACUUGAUCAUCUUUCUGCUCAUGUUCAGCUUCGUCAUGUUGCCCAUCAUCAUCGCCUCCCAUGCUUCAUGGAACACCACCUACAACCAGAAUGAUGGCAGUGAGUGCAGUGUGUAUCCAAGCAGUGCUCGACGAGGCCUGGUUAUUUUUCAUGAACACAUAACAGAUCUGCUUUCUGGUGGAGGUUUUCUGGAACAGACGUAUCUUUUCUAUGGCUACUACAAGGUGGACAAAAUCCACUCCCCAAAAGGCAUUUAUAAUUUGCCACUAGCAUACCUGUUGGCUACUAUAGCGUACCUGUUCCUCAGUCUCAUCUGGAUCGUUAAAAGGUCGGCCACAGGAUUCAAACGUAGCCUGGUUCAGGAUGAGGAUCGCUUUCAGAGUUUUUGCAACAAGAUCUUUGCCGGCUGGGACUUCUGCAUCACCAACGAGAAUGCUGCGCGGCUGAAGAGAAGCAGUCUGCUCUAUGAGCUCAGGACGGAUUUGGAAGAAGAGAGGAUCAAGCAGAAAAUAGCGGAUCGCACCCGCAAAGAGAAGUGUCGGAUUUACUUCAUCCGCCUCAUCCUCAACCUCUUUGUCAUCGGAGUAUUGGCCGCUUGCUUCUACAGCAUUUAUGUAGCCACCACCGUCUCCCAGGAAGCACAACUGAUUAAUAUAAAGGAGAAUUUCAUUGUGGAUCUCAUCUAUGAGUAUCUGCCCUCAAUAGUAAUCACCAUGGCCAACUUCAUCACUCCGCUCCUCUUCUCCGUCAUCAUCAAUUUCGAGGACUACUCCCCGGCCUUCGAGAUCCGCUUCACUCUCAUGAGGUGUGUCUUCAUGCGGUUGACCAGUAUUGGGGUUCUGCUCUUCUCUCUCUGGUCUCAGAUCACUAAAUGUGAGGAGGAUACCUGCAUCUGUGGCUACAACCAUGCCCUUUAUUCUUGCUGGGAGACCCGUGUGGGACAGGAGAUGUACAAACUCACCAUCUUUGAUUUCAUUAUUAUUGUGGCAGUCACCAUCUUUGUGGAGUUUCCCCGAAAGUUGAUAGUGAACCACUGUGAAUGUGGCCUGGCUAAGUGGUGGGGCCAGCAGGAGUUUGCUAUUCCUCAGAAUGUGCUUGAGAUCGUCUACGGUCAAACAAUAUGCUGGAUUGGCACGUUCUACUGCCCGAUGCUGCCUGCCAUCUGCACCAUCAAAUACUUUUUCAUCUUCUACAUUAAAAAGGUAUCACUGAUAAAUAAUUGCCGACCAGCCACACGUCCAUUUCGAGCUUCUCGCUCCAACUUCUUCUUCCUCGGCGUGCUGCUGAUCGGUCUAGCUCUGGCCUGUCUGCCCAUCACUGUCAGUGUCGCACAAAUAAACUGUUCCCAGGCCUGUGGACCAUUUGUUAAUUAUACCACCUCCUGGGAGGUGCUGCCAACUACGGUCUCCGAUUUACCCGCUGGAGUUCAGACCCUGCUUUUUGCUCUUUCAUCAGAGGCCUUUGCUGUCUCCUUCUUUGUUGUUACCUGCUUGGCCAUGUUUUAUGUGAUCGCGUUGGCUGGAGCUCACAAGAGAGUUAUCAAUCAGCUGAGGGAGCAGCUAGCCAUGGAGGGUCGAGACAAACGUUUCCUGAUCCAGAAGCUGUGCCAGGCUCAGAGAAUCCCAUCCAUCAAAUCUCCAGGGUCCAACUCUCGGCAUCGAAGCAGCAGCAGAAGCAGCCCCAGCUACCACACCAGCUUCUCCAACAAUUUCAACGAAGCCCUGUUCCUCGCACACUCACCUCCAGACUCCUACACACAUGAGCUCAGCUGCUGCGGAACCGGAGGAACGUGCAGUGGCUCCGGGCUCCAGACACACGACAUGCUGCGAGUUACAGUCCGGGCUGACAUGGGCUCCCUGUGGGUGUUGUUCUGCAUCAUCUACUCCCAGUGCUGGACCGCGUCCUCGGAUGUCAUCGUCGUGGCCUGCGGCGGCUUCGUGAAGUCCGACGUUGAAAUCAACUAUUCUCUGAUCGAGAUUAAACUGUACACAAAACAAGGAUCCUUGAAAUAUCAAACAGACUGUGCUCCCAUCAACGGAUACUUCAUGAUCCCACUCUACGACAAGGGAGAUUUUGUUUUGAAGAUUGAACCUCCUUUUGGGUGGAGCUUUGAGCCUACCAGUGUCGAUCUCCAUGUGGAUGGAGUAAGUGACAUCUGCACCAAAGAGGAAGACAUCAACUUUUUUUUCACCGGCUUUUCAGUCUUAGGAACGGUGCUGAGUAAGGGCCAUCUCCUGGGCCCGGCAGGAGUAGAGGUCAAACUGAGCCGAGAGGGAACAGCAGAGAAACUCCAGAGUGUUGUCACACAGCCUGGAGGAAAGUAUACCUUCCUCAAAGUACUUCCUGGAAAUUAUGACAUCACAGCUUCCCAUCCCUCCUGGACUCUUGAGCAGAGCACAACCUCGGUGCACGUCUCCAGUACCAAUGCCCCGGCUGCCGACCAUCUGGUGGUUGGAGGCUACGACGUCUCUGGGGAGGUCCGCAGUGAUGGAGAGCCCAUGAAAGAGGUCACCUUCCUGCUGUACUCGGCCACAGUCAGGAGAGAGGAUGUUAGUGGCUGUAACAUGUCCCCAGUUGAGGGGGCAGAUUCUGGGGACAGCUCCCUGGUCUACCUGUGCAGUGCUCUGUCCAGAGAAGAUGGCACCUUCAUCUUUCCCUCUCUGGCCAGUGGAGAGUACACUGUGGUUCCAUUCUACAGAGGAGAAAGAAUUACAUUUGAUGUUGCACCAUCCAGGAUGAAUUUCAAGGUUGAGCACAACAGCUUGAAGCUCGAGCCCAUCUUCCGAGUCAUGGGCUUCUCUGUGACAGGCCGAGUUCUCAACAGUAUCGAAGGGGAGGGUGUAACAGACGCUACAGUGUCCCUCAACAACCACAUCAGAGUCAUCAGCAAGGAGGAUGGUUCUUUCCGGCUGGAGAACAUGACAGCUGGUACCUACACCAUUCGUGUAAACAAGGAGCUGAUGUUCUUUGAGCCAAUCACAGUGAAGAUUGCCCCUAACACACCUCAACUCCCUGACAUCAUCACAGCAGGGUUCAGUGUGUGUGGCCAGAUCUCCAUCAGCCGCCUGCCUGAGGGCAUGAAGCAGCAGGGUCGCUACAAGGUCACCCUGACACACCAGGGCCAGGACAAGACGUCCGGCCGGACCAUCGAGUCUGACCCUCAGGGGGCUUUCUGCUUUCAGGCCAAACCCGGAGACUACAGCGUCCAUGUAUCUCUCCCUGAGGCGGAGGUGAAAGCAGGUCUGGCUCUGCAGCCUCAGGCCCUGGAAGUCUCCCUCGUGGACCGGCCCCUCACUGACCUCCUCUUCACCCAAUUCAUGGCUUCCGUCUCUGGGAAGGUCUACUGUCUAGCGUCCUGUGAUGACCUCUCAGUAACCCUGCAACCAGUGAGUCGUCAGGGAGAGAGAAGGGCAGUGGCUCUGUCUGGCAACAAUGACAUCCUCAGCUUCUCAUUCGACAACGUUCUGCCUGGGAAAUACAAAGUGAGUAUUUCUCAUGAGGAAUGGUGCUGGAAACACAAGUCCAUUGAAGUGGAGAUUCUGGAUUCUGACGUCUUGGGGGUUGAGUUCAGGCAGAUUGGCUACAUCCUGCGCUGCUCCCUCUCCCAUGCCAUCACUUUGGAGUUCUUCCAAGAUGGCAGCAAACCUGAGAAUGUCGGCAUGUACAACCUUUCUAAGGGCGUGAACCGCUUCUGUCUCUCCAAGCCCGGUGUUUACAAAGUCACCCCUCGCUCCUGCCAUCAGUUUGAGCAGGACUUCUACACCUAUGAUACCUCGGCUCCCAGCAUCCUGACCCUCACUGCAGUGAGGCAUCACAUGACCGGGCUCAUCACCACUGACAAGAUCCUGGAUGUCACAGUGACCAUCAAGUCGUCCAUCGAGAGCGAGCCGGCACUGGUCCUGGGUCCUUUGCGGAGCCAGGAGGAGCUGCGGCAGGAGCAGCAGCUGCAAGAGAUUCAGCUCCGCCGCCAGGAGCGGGAGCGGCGUGCCGCCGAAGAGGAGGGAGGAGCGAGGGAUGACAGCCCGCCAAUCCAAGAGAAGGCAGAUGAGCUAACAGGCCCAUUCCACUAUGAUUUUUCCUACUGGGCCAGGGCAGGAGAGAAGAUCACUGUGACUCCCUCCUCCAAAGAACUGCUGUUCUACCCACCUGAGGUAGAGGCCACUAUCACCGGAGAGUCCUGUCCAGGCCGGCUGGUGGACAUCGCAGGACGUGCAGGUCUGUUCCUGGAGGGCAAAGUCUCACCAGAGCUUCAGGGUGUUGAGAUCUCCAUCACUGAAAAAGGAGCCUCUGCUCCUCUCAUUACUGUGGCCACUAACGAGAUGGGAUCAUACAGUGUGGGUCCACUUCACAGUGACCGACAGUACGACAUUAGUGCCAACAAGGAGGGAUUCGUCCUGAGUCCUGUGGAGGGAACCCAGGGAGAUUUCAAGGCAUUCGCUCUGGCUGGUGUCACCUUCAAGAUCAGAUCAGAGGAUGGUCAGCCCCUCUCUGGGGUCCUUCUGUCUCUGAGUGGUGGACAGUUUCGUUCCAACCUUCUGACCCAGGACACUGGCCUGCUCACUUUCAAUAACCUGAGCCCUGGCCAGUACUACUUCAAACCCAUGAUGAAGGAGUUCCGCUUUGAGCCGGCAUCUCAGAUGAUCACGGUGGAGGAAGGUCAAAACCUCAGCAUCGAUAUAACUGGCAUUAAGACUGCGUACAGCUGCUACGGAGCGGUGCAGUCUCUGAGUGGGGAUGCAGAGCGGGACGUUGCCGUGGAGGCGCUGGGUCAGGGAGAGUGCAGCCUCUACAGCGAGGACACGGUGACUGAUGAGGAGGGACGCUUCAGACUCAGGGGUCUGCUGCCGAGUUGCAAGUAUCUGAUUCAGCUCCGCGCUGAAGGCAACGACCACAUCGAGAGGGCUCUACCUCAACACAGAGCCAUAGAGGUCGGCAGCAAUGACAUUGAAGGGGUGAACAUCAUCGCCUUCAGACAAAUCAAUCAGUUUGACCUCAGCGGGAACGUCAUCACGUCACCUGAACAUCUCCCAACGCUGUCGGUGAAGCUGUAUAAGAGUGACAAUUUGGACAAUCCGAUCAACAGCGUCUCUUUGGGACAGUCACUCUUCUUCCACUUCCCUCCUCUGGACAGAGACGGAGAGACCUAUGUUCUGAUGCUGUACUCCACGCUGUCCCGCUCCCAGUAUGACUUCACGCUGCCCCAGGUCUCCUUCACCUCCACCGGAUACCACAAGCACAUCACGCUCACCUUCAACCCCACUCGUAAAGUGCCUGACCAGGAUGUUGCCCAAGGCUCCUACAUAGCUCUGCCCCUCACUCUGCUGCUCCUGUUGGCAGGAUACAACCAUGAGAAGGUGAUCCCGCUCCUGCUACAGAUCGUGAAUCGUAUUCAGGGAGUGAGGAGCAUGAGCCAAGCCAGCGGGGACAGUGCUGCCCUGGAUGAAGCCAAACGCCAGGCCAAGAGACAGAAAGCGCGGCGCACAUGAGGACUCACUUCAGACCACACCUUUGUCUGCUAAAUAACACGCCAGCUCCCAUAAUCCUCAGCAAACACCGGGUCAGCCGAGGUCCAACUCCCUCAGUAGCUGUGGCAUAUUAUGGGCGCUAGUCAACUGUUUAGCUCGCAAAAGAUGUGAUUUGGCCCCAAGUGAAGCUCAACAUAAACCACUCGACGCGCAUUACCACACCUCAUCAGCCAAUCAGAUUCACUGAACUGAAAGCUGACAUUUUACAGGUUUUUGUUUUUUUUCCUUUUGAACCCUUUUUCCACAACACUCAUUGUCUAAGAAGUUUUGAGAAUAUUUGUGAUAUAAUAUGAGCCAUUUUUAUACAUUUGUAAUUUAUCUAGAUCUGCUCAAAUCUGUUGUGUUUUGAAAGCACUUGCUUUGGACAUGUGUCCUAACAUGGUUUAGGACUAUCAGUCACUCUGGAUAACCAUGUGUCUCCCUUACCAGCAUUAGGGGGACUUCUUUCUACACAAAGGAGAUUUUCUCUAGAACACGACUGAAAUUCGAUUUGAUCUAAUCAGAACUACAAGUGAUUUUUAAGUAUUAUGGUUUAAAUUGAUAAAUCUGGGCUCAAAUAAGGGUCAUAAAGAUUUUGAGCAUUAUUGUCAAAAAUGUUUUCAAAGCUUGUUGUUGAAUAUCACCCUUAUAACCCCGUUGGGGGAAAAACAGUGAAGUUAAGAAUUUUCACAAGAAAAUUUGAAUUAUUUAAAAUUUUUGUGAAAAAUUAUAACUGAUACAUUUGCGAACAGGUUUAAUUUAGACACUAAAAAACUAAUCACAAAAGGUUCAACAGGCUGAAAAGGCUGAUGUUCAACCUUAAGAUUUUAGGGCCGGGUCACAUACACAAAUGUUUCAGUGGUAAACCUUCUGUUCACUUCCACUUCCCGAGGAGGUGAUUAAAAUAUCCACUUCCUGAGGCGAAUCAAAUCUCGGUGUUGUUUCGCGUGGAGUUCAACUUUGUUCGCUGCGCAAUUGCAUGUAUGUGACCAGGCCCUAAAAGUCAUUUCACAAGCUUCAAAACCUUUUUGUCCCACAUUUGAACCGUUGAUUUGAUCUUUAACUGCAUUGACUUCUAUAAUGCCAUCACCAACAAGUGACUGUAUGACUGCUAUCUGUGCGUGAAGGACGGCCAAAGAUAGUCAGCCAUAUCUCUUCAAUUUAAAACACCCACAGGUCACUGAAAUGCACUCCAUCCACUCCUGAUGGUCAUUUAUAAGCUGCUCAGUGUGAUGCAAGAUUGACUUGUUUCUCUGUUGGCUCAGGAAGGUGACGGUGGAUAAGAUGCUGGAAUUCUGGGUUUUGGGGGGUGGGGGGGUGGGGAGCUAUGGGGGCUUACUGACUAUUAAUUUAUUAACAGAAGUCUAAUCAGAUGUGAAUGUCUUACAAAAGUGUGGUUGUUGUUUUUUAAUGAUAUUCUGUCAGAUGGAGUGUGUGAUGGACAACAUGGUAACUUAAAAACCCCACAGAAGUAAAAAUGAGUGACAACA